AGCAUAUCCAAAAGCAAGCAAGCAUCAUGGAGAGAGGCUGAAACUCCUGCACUAUCUUGGACAAUUCAGAUCUAGUUUAACUUUCGAUUUUUUUUUUGAAAAGUGAAAACCCCCAAGUUAGGACUUCAGCAAAAAUAUACAAUCUUUUUAGAAUAAGAAUGGGUUAGCCAAGUCUACUUAACUAGUGCGAUGACCUCACAACAUAUAAAAGGAGAAGACCAUUUUUUUACAGUCGAUACGACUUCGGCUGUAUCUCGGGACAUCGCAGCUCUCCUCUCGUUUCUUUCAUUGCUUUUAAACGGGUUUAGGGAUUUAAUAGUCUUUGGAGAAAUCUCGAAACUUUGAUUGGCUUGGGUGGCCGAAUCUCGAACCUAUGUUGAGUAGGUUGUCGAGGCGUUGUUACUGCACUUCUGUUCAUCGACCAUGGCUGUUUCUAGGAUUGGGCAACCCCGGAGACAAAUACAAAGGGACUAGACACAACAUUGGCUUCGAGAUGAUUGAUACUUUUGCUGAGUCAGUGGGAAUUCAGAUGAACCUGGUCAACUUCAAGGCUAUAAUGGGACAAGGUUUCGUGGACGAUCUCCCUGUUAUCUUGGCAAAGCCGCAAACUUACAUGAACCUGAGCGGUGAAUCAAGUGGACCUCUCGCUGCUUAUUACAAGUUACCUCUCAAUCGUGUGCUUGUGGUGCAUGAUGACAUGCAAUUGCCAUGUGGUGUUCUUCGCCUUCAAGAAAAAGGAGGCCAUGGAUGCCACAACGGGUUAAAAAGUGUCAUGAACCAUUUUCGAGGCAACAGGGAAUUUGCAAGGCUACGAAUCGGAAUCGGAAAGCCUCCGGGACAAAUGGAUCCAAAAGCUUUCUUGUUGCAGAAGUUCAGCAUGGCAGCUCGAGAACGGAUGGAUAAAGCUUUAGCAGAAGGGGUGGAUGCUCUGAAGCUGGUCUUGUCUAAAGACUUUGGAGAAAGCUGGAGGUUGUUCAAUGUGGAACAGAAGUACAAACACUUAAGACAACAUACAGUAAUUGCAGCUUGACCAAAUGCUCUUUACUGUAUUCGAUAAAGGAAGUGUCUUUUAUAAUAGGUUUUUGAAUACCGGAUAAGAAAGACUCAUGUGUUCUUCAAGUCAAGCUCAAGUCAUGUAUAGAUUUAUGAUCUUGUGCCUGCCUGCCCCUUGUACAAUUUUUUUACAAAUAGUCUUUCUAGAUUUCAGAUUUUCAUAA